CACACAGGAGAGAAGCCUUUCUGCUGUGAACUAUGUGGACAAAGAUUUAGCCAUAAAUCAACUUUAAACACACACGUGAGAACACACAUGAGAAUCCACACAGAAGAGAAGCCUUUCUGCUGUGAACUAUGUGGACAAAGAUUUAGCCAUAAAUCAACUUUAAACACACACAUGAGAAUCCACACAGGAGAGAAAUCUUUCUGCUGUGAACUAUGUGGACAAAGAUUUAGCCGAAAAUCACAUUUAAACACACACAUGAGAAUCCACACAGGAGAGAAGCCUUUCUGCUGUGAACUAUGUGGACAAAGAUUUAGGGAAAAAUCUACUUUAAACACACACAUGAGAAUCCACACAGGAGAGAAAUCUUUCUGCUGUGAUCUAUGUGGACAAAGAUUUAGCCAUAAAUCAACUUUAAACACACACAUGAGAAUCCACACAGGAGAGAAAUCUUUCUGCUGUGAACUAUGUGGACAUAGAUUUAGCCAAAAAUCUACUUUAAACACACACAUGAGAAUCCACACAGAAGAGAAGCCUUUCUGCUGUGAUCUAUGUGGACAAAGAUUUAGCCAAAAAUACAAUUUAAACACACACAUGAGAAUCCACACAGGAGAGAAAUCUUUCUGCUGUGAACUAUGUGGACAAAGAUUUAGCCGAAAAUCAGCUUUAAACCAACACAUGAGAAUCCACACAGGAGAGAAGCCUUUCUGCUGUGAUCUAUGUGGACAUAGAUUUAGCCAAAAAUCACAUUUAAACACACACAUGAGAAUCCACACAGGAGAUAAGCCUUUCUGCUGUGAACUAUGUGGACAUAGAUUUAGCCAAAAAUCACAUUUAAACACACACAUGAGAAUCCACACAGGAGAGAAGCCUUUCUGCUGUGAACUAUGU